CUGUCUUUUACUUGUAUCUGCUUUUCUUUUUUAUCUUUUCUUUCAGUGCGACGUGAGGAUGUCCAUUCUGCAUGGUCAGGCAUCCGACCUCUCGUCAUAGACCCAUAUUCUAAAAACACACAGUCACUAGCUAGAAAUCAUAUUAUAGAGGUCUCUAAAACCAAUCUUAUCACGAUAGCUGGCGGAAAGUGGACCACAUACCGGAGCAUGGCCGAAGAAACCUUGGAUAAAGCAAUAAAAGUUUGUGGUCUCCAGCCUGCUUCUGCUUGCCGGACUCGUGGCCUCUUGCUAGAAGGAGCCCAUCUUUGGUCUCCAAACCUUUCAAUCAAGCUUCUGCAGGAGUUUGGCUUUCAGCCAGAUGUGGCCCAACACCUGGCCCGGACCUAUGGUGACAAGGCAUUUAAAAUCGCCCAGUCGACCCAGCCCUCAGGCAAACGUUGGCCUGUUACCGGAACUCGCCUUCAUCCUGAUUUCCCUUAUCUCGAAUCUGAAGUUUGUCCUUCGUUACCCCACCUUUUAAAUUUACAUAUUUUUAACAUUACUCCUUAA